AUGGCGGAUGUUAAGAUCGAAGCCGCGCCGCCUCAUGCCGAGAAUCAUGAAAUGGGCGGACUCGGUGGUGUUGUCAGCCACAAGACCGAGGAAGCAUACGACAAUGCCAUUGAUCCGGUUCUAGAGAAGCGCGUCCUACGCAAGAUGGACCGCGCACUGGUUCCGUUGGUCACGGCUCUUUACCUCGUUGCCUUUCUUGACAGGUCAAACAUAGGAAAUGCAGAAACGGCUGGUAUGAAUGAAGAUCUGGGCUUUGACGAUGCGCAAUACCAGUGGCUGCUGACAAUCUUCUACAUCCCGUAUAUCGUCUUUGAGUUUCUUGCACUCAUGUGGAAACUGAUACCACCUCAUAUAUGGGCUUUCUGUUGCGUACUCGUCUGGGGUUUGGCAUCAACACUUCAGGCUGCGGCAUUCAACUGGCAAGGCCUUAUGGCCUGUCGCUUCUUUUUGGCCGCGUCAGAGGCUGGGUAUGGUCCUGGAAUCCCCUACCUGCUCAGCUUCUUCUACAAGCGUCACGAGCUUGGAUUUCGAUGUGGCAUCUUCCUGUCGGCAGCUCCACUCGCCACAACGUUUGCUGGCGCGCUUGCCUAUGGUAUUACCUCGGGCCACCCAGCCAUUGCCAACUGGAGACUCCUAUUCCUUGUGGAGGGAAUCCCCUCCAUCUGCCUGGCCUUUGUCGCCUUUUUCUUCAUGCCAGAUUCCCCCGACAAGGCCAAGUUUCUCACUGAAGAAGAGAAGCAGAUUACACGAGCUCGAGCGAUUCAGCAGACUGGUGCUGAAGGCGCCGAACGGGUUGGACACGUCAACUUCAGAGAAGUCUUUGCAGCUCUGGCCGAUGUCAAGACCUGGAUUCCGCCCUUGAUGUAUUUCAGCUGCAACGUCUCAUUUAGCAGUCUGCCCGUGUUCCUGCCGACCAUUCUCACUAGUAUGGGAUUUUCGUCCAUCAAUGCCCAGGGCCUUACUGCACCCCCUUAUUUCCUUGCUUUUAUUAUCUGCAUCCUGACCACAUACGUUGCGGACAAGACGAGACAGCGUGGCUACAUGAUCAUAACCUUGUCCAUCAUUGGUGGCGUUGGCUAUGUCCUGCUUGCGACUGUGAAGAGCGUUGGCGUGCGCUACUUUGGCGUCUUCCUCGCUGCCGCUGGCGUCUUCCCUGCCAUUGCCAAUAUCCUACCCUGGACAAUCAAUAACCAAGGCAGUGACUCAAAGAGAGGAUCUGGUAUAGCACUUCUCAACAUUAUUGGUCAAUGUGGUCCGCUUCUGGGGACUCGAGUCUUUCCAACGGCUGAGAAACCAUACUAUGUCAAGGGCAUGAGCAUAUGCGCGGCUUUCAUGUUCUUCAAUGCUUUGCUUGCUCUGGUCCUGAGGACCUGGCUAGCAUAUGAGAACAAGCAGUUUGAGAAGAGAGAUGCCGAGGCUAGGACUGCAGGACUUGAUCCUGGUAAAUCUCGCCACGCGGAGUCGGAGAAUGAAGGCUAUGGAUUCAGAAACUUCCUUUGA